AUCUUUUGAGUAUCAUCACUAAUCUCCAGAUCUAUAAAGGCUGUGUAGCAGGUCAUUGUUACUGAUUGUUUUAUAUUCCUUCCCUUUGGUUAUUUAUUUAUUAUAGUGGUGCGGGCUUGGUGACACUAACGUUAAUUCUUAGUAUAUUAUUAUGAAACUUGAAACCCCACCGUUUGCUUGAUUCUCCUUCCUUCCCAAAAUAUUCUGAAAUAAGUCAAAACUUCUGAAGGACAAUAACUUAUUCAGGCUUUCUCUUUUAGUCUGGAGGUACGCUUUUCUUUCCUUAAUUAUCUUCAUUCAAAUUUCAUUACCACCUACUGUAACUAUUGAUCGGUUAAGUAAUUCUUAUGUUGCGUCUUUCAUGAAUCUAUGAGUAUAAGUUUGUUUGAUUUAGAAUUUGAUGUCUGUUUUGAUUGAGUGUUAAGGAAGCUAAUGGAUCAAACCCAUCAUAGAUUUAAUACCAGUGGUAAUAGUAGUGGUAGUAGUAGUACUGAUACAUCAUCAUCUUCAAAUGUAAGCCAAGAGGAGGAAUUUGAUUUUUCUGAUGCGGUUCUCAACUACAUAAGCCAGAUGCUUAUGGAAGAGAACAAUGAAGACAAAAUUUUCAUGUCCCAGAAAGACUACUUAGCUCUUCAAUCUGCAGAAAAACCAUUCUAUGAUAUCCUCGGUCAGAAGUAUCCCAUUGAUUGUAAUCCUGUAGAUCAAAUUGAGAACUUCACUCAUUACAAUGGUAGUGAAAAUGCAGUUGAAACUAGUUGGAUAGGUGGUCUGAAUGCCUAUGAAUCUUUGUUCAACACCGAAAAUGUUCCUAGUCAUUUUACUAUUCGGGGAGAGGCGACUCCUCGAUUGUCUUACAACAACCCACCAAACAAUUUCAUUUCUGUUGUAGAAGGAUUAGGGGAGUCGGGGGUGGGUAAGGUUCAGGUUCCAGAUGUGCAUUCAGAGAGUGAACCCAUUUGGCAGUUCAGAAAAGGUGUUGAAGAAGCAAAUAAAUUUCUUCCAGAUGAUAAUAACCUGAUUAUUAACCUAGAGCGCAACAGAUUCUCUUAUGGUAGAAGAAAUAAAGAAGCUAGUGAAGCCAGGGAUUCUGUAGUUCACUUGGAGAAGGAUGUGCUACAGAAUUCACCAUACCGGUCAAGAGAAAAGAAAAAUGUGCACAGGGAAGAUGUAGAUUUAGAAGGGAAGAGCAAUAAGCAAUUGGCUGCAGUACAGAAAGCAAUGUUUGAUAUGGUGUUGAUUAGUAAUGAUGAAAAUGCGGAGAAGGCGGAUUCAAUUCUCCGUGAAUCAUUGAAAAUUCAAAGACGCAAGAACUUGCACCGAAAUGAUGGAAGAGUGUCCCGUGGGAAGAAACAGUCCGGCAAAAGGGACCUGGAUACCUUACUUAUCCAAUGUGCCGAAGCUGUUGCUGCUGGUAAUCAUAGGACUGCCAGCGAACAUUUGAAUCAGCUUAGACAACAUUCUUCCCCUUAUGGAGAUGCUUCACAGAGGUUAGCUCAUUACUUUGCUGAUGGUCUUGAGGCACGUUUGGCUGGAUCCGGGAGCCAGAUUUACUCAACUCUCCAGCACGAGAUGCCAUCAGUUCCUGAAAUGCUGAAAGCUUAUCAGCUCUUUAUGGUUGCACUCCCCUUCCUGACGAUAUCGAAUUUCUUUGCUAACCAAACAAUUGGUUAUCUGGCUGAAAGUGUUGCUUCUCUCCACAUUAUAGAUUUCGGCAUACUUUAUGGAUUCCAAUGGCCUUGCCUUAUCCGAUGCCUUUCGAAGAGAAAGGGUGGUCCUCCUAAACUCAGGAUUACAGGGAUAGAAUUACCCUUACCUGGUCUCCGUCCAGCUGAAAGGGUUGAAGAAACAGGUCGUCGUUUAAGAGAUUAUGCCAAAGAACUCAAUGUCCCAUUCGAGUACCAUGGCAUUGCUCAGAAAUGGGAAACCAUUCAACUGGAGGAUCUCAAGAUUAAUAAAGGUGAGCUUCUUAUUGCCAACUGUAUCAAUCAAGGUAAGAACUUACCUGAUGAGAGUGUGAUAAUGGACAGUGCAAGGGAUUCUGUUCUGAAGCUGAUAAGGAAGAUGAAUCCUAAUAUUUUCAUCCACGGGGUUGUGAAUGGUACCUAUAAUUCCCCAUUCUUUAUUUCUCGGUUCCGGGAUGCUCUCUUUCACUUUUCUUCCAUCUUUGAUGUGCUUGAAACAGUUGUCCCCCGUGAAAGUUCAGAGAGGAUAAACAUUGAAAGAUAUUUGUUUGGGAAGGAGGCUUUCAACAUCAUAGCAUGCGAGGGAUCAGAGAGGAUUGAGAGGCCAGAGACUUAUAAGCAGUGGCAGUCAAGGAAUAUAAAGGCUGGAUUCAUGCAACUCCCACUGAAUACGCACAUCAUGAAGAAGGCAAAAGAGCAAGCAAUAACAGACUACCAUAAGGAUUUUGUUAUAGAUGAAGAUAGCCGGUGGUUGCUUCUAGGAUGGAAGGGGAAAAUUAUGUUUGCAGUUUCUUCUUGGAGGCCAAUGUAAGACUUCUUAGUUCUGUAACUAACAGCUUCUGGUAUUUCUGUAACUACUGGUCAAAACCACCGUUUUAACGGUUGUUGUCCAUUCAAGAGCUGCAAAGUUUAAUUUGUACAAAUCAUACCAGCAGUGUACCACAGAUAGAUGUAAUACAAAUUGCAUUAUUCCAGUUAGUUACUACUCAUGGAUGUAAUGUUGUUGUAUCUAAGGGCUGCAAACAAUGUCUGUCUGGUUCAGCUGCAUUACCAGUGUAAAACCUCUUGGCUGCUAUGAAUAUUGGUUGAUUGUGGUGACA